UCAAGCUGCUGUAGUGGAAAAAAAUAUUUUUACUGUCGAUUGUAAAAACAUGGCAAAACCUUCAGCUUUCGAUAAUACAUGUCGAAUCCAUACAAUGGUAGUCCGGGAUAUUAGGAGCUGCAGUUUCAUUCAUACUGGAUGCAACAGGAACAAUAUUGGAAGGGUUUAAUUGUACGAAAAGAAGAAGACAUGAUUGCAAUGACGGAGAGCGGUCGACGAAUUAUUCUAAACGUGCAAGGAUGCCGUUACGAGACGUUCCAGGAAACUCUGGAAGAAUUUCCUGAGACUCUUCUCGGUUCGGCAGAGAAACGAAAGAGGUUUUAUGACCCUCUUCGCGAUGAAUACUAUUUCGAAAGAGACAAAGGCGCCUUCGACGCAAUUUUAUUCUAUUACCAAUCCAGAGGAAUCCUUUCGCGACCUUCAACAAUCCCAGCAAAUGCGUUCGACGAGGAACUGAGAUUCUACGAGAUCAAAACAGUGAAGCCUGCUGAGCAAAAAGAAAAAAUGAUUUAUAUGCCUGAGCGAGAUUGGCAGGGAAAACUGUGGGAAUUGCUAGAAUAUCCUGAAUCAUCAAAGCAGGCUGCGCUCUUCUCCAAAUUAUCAAUGGCUGUUAUUAUUCUCUCUGUUGUGGUGUUCUGUGCGGAGACCAUGUAUAGUAACAAUGCAGCAACGCGGGCGGUGAAAUCUUUGUCCGUUCACAAUAACACCAAAAAUGCGAGUAGCGUCAGCCAAGAGGAGGGCAGAAACCCGAGAAGACCACGAGUUUGGUUUGUGAUUGACACUUGUAUCAUAGUUUGGUUCAGUUCCGAGUACGCCGCCCGUCUGGUUUCAUCUCCAGAGAAAAUCAAAUUUCUUCUGUCCGCGCUGGCGUUAAUUGAUCUGGCUGCAAUAAUUCCGUAUUUUCUAACACUUUUGUUUGGUAACACAUAUGCGCCCGCAUUUUCGUUCACGGUUAUGCGAAUUUUUCGUCUUUUACGAGUGGUGCGUCUGCUUAAACUCACACGUUAUGUGGCCGCUCUGAGAAUUCUGGGGUAUACUGUCCGUUCUUGCAAAGAACAGCUAAUCGCGUUAUUUUUCCUCAUAUCUAUUUCAGUAGUAUUGUUCUCAAGUACCAUUUUCUACGUGGAGAAUAAGGAAAAUCGCGAAGACUUCUGCAGUAUUCCUGCCUCAUUUUGGUGGACUAUCAUCACCAUGACGACAGUUGGAUAUGGAGACAUGACACCUAUAACUCCUAUAGGCAAAAUGGUGGGCGCAUUGUGUGCAAUUUUUGGGGUUGUUGUCAUGGUAUGUCUUCCAAGCCCUGUCUUCAUUUCGAGUUUCAACGAGAUCUACAUGCAGCACGUCGGAGAGAUGAAGAAAAACCAGCGAAAGUCUUCAAAUGGGGUGAAAAGACAUUUGGAAACUACGUUAGAUCCUUCAAAUGUAUUCCUGAUUAAAAAUUUAAUCAACGGGAAGGAUGAUAACACGUAACACGCACAGACAUGAUAGACAAGCGUUAAUUUUUAUAAA